GACGAAAACGAUUUGCAAGUAACCGCCGACUGGCUGCUGAGUCUCCAGAUGGACGACGGCUGCUUCCAGUCCGUCGGGCAUGUUCAUCAUCAGGCGAUGAAGGGCGGCCUGGGCAGCGCCUCGGCCUCAGCAGUGCCCCUCUCAGCCUACGUGGCCAUCGCCCUGAGUGAGGCUGGCCAUUUCGGCGCGGGCGCCCUCCCCGCCGCCGUCAGCUGCAUCGCGAGCGACACAGCUGCCACCGACGUCUACUCAGAGUCCCUGAAGGCCUACGCCCUCGCCUUGGCUUCGAGCGCAGACGCCCCCGCCCACAUCGCUGCAGCGUACGACCUCCUGACCGCCGGCGAUGACGAGGGAGAGAGCAUCUGGGUCGAGAGCGCGGCGUACACCGUCCUGGCCAUGCUGAAGGUCGAUCACGAAGACUACGUCUCCCAGGCGGUCGACCUCAUCAGGAGAAUGUCAUCCCACCGCAACAGCCUCGGGGGUUUCCACUCGACUCAGGACACUGUCUUAGCCCUCGAAGCCUUCGCUGAGUAUAGCAUUCUCUUCCCACCGUCUGACACGAACCUGGAGCUGGCAGUGACUGCCACCACCAGCUUCAACAUCCUCAUCGAGGCAGUCAACCAGCUGGUGGUGCAGACGCGGGACAUCGAAGACCCUCUGCCUUACGAUGUCACAGUGACCCCCUCUGGCACAGGAUGCGCCGUGUUCAUGGUCGUCCACCAGUUCCACAUGCCGGAGAUCGCAGCCAGCGCCACCUUCAGCAUGACCGUCACCUCCACCAGCGGCUCAUGCACUGCGGCCAACGUCACCAUCUGCGCCUUUUACCUCCUCGAAAAUGAAGAGUCCAACAUGGUCAUCGUCGAGCUUGACCUCGAGUCUGGCUACGUUGCAGAGGAGGCUUCUCUGCAACGCCUGGUGGACGGGAAGGUCGCUAAGAAAUACGAGCAAGACGAGCCCGGCGUCGUGGAGCUGUACCUCGAUUCUCUGACGUCAGCGGAGGUCUGUCUGACGGUGGCUGUGUCUCGGGAGAUCCUGGUCGAAGACGUGAAACCGGGCACCGUCUCCAUCUACGACUACUACCAAAACUCUGAGGAUAAACUGGUUAAGGUACGUCGUCUCUCACUCUCUUGGAGGUGGGGGUCGUUUUGUAUUUAGAUUUUGGAAUAUUUG